AAGAGGCAACCUGGAGUGAUUAUUGAACUAUGGCAAGGAAUCGAUGGCUACUUAAUAGAAAAACUGUUGCAAGAUCCUCGUUUUCCUGACAUGCCGACAAAGGUUUUUCACUCGCCAGUGUUUCAGCAACCACGUAACUGGGGAAAUACCUUUGGAACCCGAAUCAGAGGCUACUUUGUGCCACAGAAGACGGGAUUACACAUCUUUUUUAUAGGUAAGAAGACUAGACACGUACACUGUAUUUGAUUCUUAUCUUUUCUGCAUGGACCUUAUUUUCGUUAACUCAAGGAAAUAAUUUUGCUACGGACGGAGUUUUGACGUGCUAAUCUGAGUUUCCUUACGGUUAGACGAUACUUUUUUACUUCAAAAGUGGGCGAUAAGUGUCGCAUUUAAAUUGUUUUAGAGACCAAAAAAGUAGCUAAUAGAUUCUUCGCACGUGGUUUGCAAAAAUGGUGUUUUACUUCUUUGCAUGAUUAAUGCUUGUCUCCCGCAUUUAAGAUUUUCAAUAACACUGAUGAAAAUUUUUAACGGGAGAAAGGGGAGAGAUAAAAGUACUUUUCCUCAAAGGAUGUUGAUUUGGUGUUAAGCGGCUAUAAAUUACUUCGAAGACGUUUAUUUUUUUACUCCUUCCUGUUAAGUUACAAACCACCUACAGUACUUUAAAUUAUGCUGAAACAAUGUUUUGCUCCUUAUUUUUUCAGCAUGCGACAAUGAAUGUCAGCUCUUCCUCAGCAUCACAGAUAAUCCAGACCGAAAGAUAUUAAUAUGUCGGGUUCAAAAAGGCCACGAGUCUGAAUACAUGCAAUUCACAUCGUAAGAAGUCUGAUGCCAUAUACUCUCGUAUCAAAGUAAAACAACCAUGGGUAAAACCCUUUGGAAAAAUCAAAUUUCGCGAAUAUAUAAGAUCUAUAAUUGAAAUAUAUAGAACAUCACCGAACUUGUUUUCAAAGCCUUAAGAAUAGAGAAUGAAGAACAAAUUUUAAAUUUUUGGCGAAUAUCAUGGGUUAACCCCUUUGAAAAAACUCCAAUGUCGCGAAUGUAAGGGUUCUAUAUUUUUAAAGUCUAAUUCCAUCUAGACCAUCACCAAAAAGGGGUUAAAGGGGUAAAAGGGGUUAGAAGCAUGGGGUUAACUCCUUGGGAAUAAUCCAAUGUCUCGAAUAAAUAAUAUCCAUAUCUAUAUGGUCUAAAAAGGUUUAUUUACUAUUUACAACGUCACCAAACAUUUUAAAGGCCCAAUUGACACGAAAAUGAAGAAAAAAAAAUUAAACUUUUUGUUUAAAUCUUGGGUUUAUCCCUUGAAAAAAUUCGUUUUCGCGAAUACAUAACAUCUAUGUACUUUAAAGUCUAAAAUAUUUUGUUUUCAUGAUUUCUGGAAAAUCACCAAACAGUUUUUCAGUACCUAAUUUACUCAAAAAUAGAGCGUGUAGAUAUUUUUAUUUUUUGCCAAAAUCAAGAGUUAACCCUUUCAUGGGUAAAAUCUAAUUUCGCGAAUAUCUCAAAUCUAUGUUUUUAUAGUCUAAAAAGCUUUGUUUUCUAUCUAGAAGAUCACCAAAAACAUUUAUCAAUACCUAACUUACUCUAAAAUAGAGAAUGUAGAGUUUUGCAAAAACAAUUUUGCCCAGAAUCAAGGGUUAACCCUUUUGGAAAAUUCAAACUUUGCAAAUAUAUCAGAUCCAUAUUUUCAUAUUGCAAAAAACCUUGUUUUCUAUCUAGAAUACCGUUAUAUUAAAAAUGUUUUACAAGAGCUAAUUUACUUAGAAUAGAGAAUGACGAAAUGUUAAUUUUUUGGCCAAUGGUAACCGCUUUCGAAAAAUACAGUUUCUCGAAUAUAUAAGAUCUUUGUUUUCAUUUCAUCUAGAACAUCACCAAACAUUUCUCCAAGGCCUAUUUUGCCAAAAAAAUAAAGAAUGAAAAAAAUUGAACGUUUCAAUUUGUUGCCAAAAUCAUUCCUUAUUGGAAUUACGUCUAAACUCCUCGCCAUCGAGAAUCAUGCGAUUACAGAACUGUCGGUCAUUACGCUUUAAAUACACUGUAACCUGCACUAUAGUAUUUAAUAAUGAUAAUAUUUUUUAUUCAGCCAUGAGAAGUUGAUCAAGGUGACAAAGUAAUUUUAUUUGAUCAUUCUAGUUACCAAGAACAGCAAUCUGACCCUAUACCACUAAGAAAAGGUUCGUAUUACUACAUCGAGGCGCUUCACAAGGAGCAGUAUGGCAGCGACCACAUUGAGGUAGCUGUUCAGACGCCCGAUAACAAAACCUAUGCACCCAUCCCCUCCCAGUUUCUGUGGACACUUGCGCCCUCUAAGAAACAAGGUACGGAUGCCAUUUUUUUUCUAAUUAGUCGAAUUGUUAGGAGCUCUAAGCUAUACUAGAAAAGAGAGGAUGAUUAUACAAAUGCCUGCCCUAACCACAAUUUCCAUAAUACUACAUAACUCUCAAUCUAGCAAAACCUAUCGUUACUUGUGGUAGUCUGAAACUUCCCUCUAAAACGAACUUUCAUACAAUUUACAAUCUACAAAGCCACAAUAACAAUUCAUUUGUGUAAUUGUGACAUCCUUGCAUAAACAUUGCAUGAGCCGUUGUUCUAUUGGUAUGCGGGGCAAACAUGAAGUUGUGAUCAAGAAUGAAUGUUUUUAGAAUCUUCAGAAAAUUGUCGGUUCAAUUUUAAACUGAUUCAUUGCAAUUGCCAUUUGUUGGACUUACCCAGGAGAUAUCGUCAAACAUCUAUUUUGUUUUACAGCUAAAGGAAACGUGCUUCUUCUUAUGAAGAUUGCAGCAAAGGCAGGCGCGAAGGCGGGGGCCUCCCUUGGCAUAGCCGAAGCUCAUAAAAGUGGGGCAAAUGCAGGAGCCAGGGCUGGGUAUUCAGCAGGUGCGAAGGCGGGAGCAGAGGCUGGGGUUAAAGCAGCAACUGAUGCAGCUACUAAAGUAGCCACCCAAACACUAAAAAUCGCCCUGGCGAAACUUGGACUACCGAAACCAGUAAGUUUCGAUUCUUGGUGAAUCUUAAGCUUUUAGAAGGAGAAGAAAAAAGGGAGGACACUGAAAAAUUAUUCAGUGGCAAUUAAUGAUUAAGAAAAUGAAUAAGAAUUCAAUUGAACAUGUAAAACUUACAACAACACUUCAGUUUUAUUCAAGAAAUGCAAGAAGGUCGUCUGAAUCUCAAGAUCUGUAGUCUCCCGAUCGUGUCUUCAGCUAAUUUUAUGAAUGAACAAUAGACAGAUAAAUUACUUUUUGAAAAUGUUUAUUCGAAACCCAUAAGUUAAUCCUUAAAAGCAAUUAAUUCGCGUAACACUAACGUCCACGAAAGGAAAAUCGGCUGAGCACAUGGCAAAAUUCAACACAAAAUUAUUUUCACUUCGGAGCUGGCACAUUUUGUACUUUUUCUUUGACGCCGAUGUCAAAAUGUACAAAACGUUCAUGUUUUAUCAAACGCCAAAAAUACAGAAUCUUUCAAUUAAAAACGUACUUUCCUUGACCAUAGAGUACAGAAUGUCCCUGAAAUUUCUCCAAGAACUUCACUACGUUGGUUGUCUCAAUACAAGCCAAGCGCUUCGCCGUUAAUCUUGCGAAACCUUUCGUUUGUCCACAAAAAAUAAGCCGAGCAUUCUUUUGAACUUUUCCUUUCCAUUUGUGUCUUUCAUCGGUGAAUUUUCAACCUUGAAAUGCAACACUUUGGUCCUGAAAACCACAGCAUGGUUAAGGCGUCCAAGCCAAUUUAUUGAAAAAGGAUGUUCUUCACUUUUUAAACAAUAGGCGACAAAAAACUCUCUUGAAAAGGAGACAAAAAACUCUCUUGAAGGAGGAGAAGAAUUCGUAUCAACUUAGUCCCUCCCUGAAAGAACCUACGGACGUAGGGACGUUAUAACUAAAUUUUCCUGCAUCAAUAGUUUCCAAUUUCCAUACCAAUGGAGGCUCGCCGCGCGCCUGCUAUAAUAUAAUAGCGAAACCUCAAUUGCUAUAUAAGAGAAGAUGGAAACCUAUCGAUGCGAAAAAAUCGGUUAUGACGUCAUCGUGCGCCUGCCCGUCCGCUUGUACGGACCAGCAGGGAAGGACUAAGUAGAUUCUGCAAGGGAGGGGACAGGAAAUCCAAGAAAUGCAGCUUGCGUUUGUCUUGGAGAAACGAAAACCAGUCCACCUAGAGGCAGCCAAUGCCUGUCGUUUCCAGUAAAGAUAUUGAAUUACCUUUGUUUGAGGACAAACAAAAGUUUAAACUUUGACAAUAUGGUUUUAAGGUUGUGCUUUUAAACACUGAUGACAGUUACAUUCCGGACUCGAUAGAAAAAAACUCAAAAGUCGGCACGAUUUCUCUUUCAGGCCUUUCCUAUUUAUUAGGGAGCUUACGCAACGACGACGGCCACGGCAACGAGAACGUCAAAAGAGCAAUAAGGUUAUUAAGAAAAACAACAACUCUGCACGUGCAUCAAGCUUUUUUGUACAUUUUUUCUCGUCACUGCACGACUCACGUGAAAUGCCUAAUUUUACGUUUUAUGGAGGACGUAAACAAGCGGCAGCGAAUUUUCUUUCUCUCUCAUAACUUGAGAGCGGUCCCAAACCAAUCAUCUGCUGGAAAAUUCGCCAACAUUUGACAUUUUCAGCGAAUUGGAGUAAAUGUGAAUUCAUUUUGAAAGCUACCUUUUCGCUGCCGUCGUCAUUGUCGAUGCUAAUUAAAGCUCCAUAUAGACUCUAGAGAUCGUAUCCUGUAAAUUGGCUGCUACCAAAGAGUAUCCUGCAUUAAAACAUUUUUUUGUUGUUGUUCAACAUAAAACUCUUAGCUUACUGGCAGAGUUUUCGUCUCAGAUGUGUUUGCGGGAUAUUUCAUCUUAAUCACCCAACCCUUCCCUCAAAAGGAGGAUUCUUUUUAGUGGCUUAGAGUUAUAAGUUAAUUGCUUUAUUAUAAGUAUAUAAACGGAGGCUUCGCUUUUAGUCCUGGCUAAAUUGAUAUAUUUAAACGGAGAUUUUCUUCUCCGUUUUACAAAAAAAAAAAUACACGUCCAUAAGUAAUAACCUAUUCGAAUCGUUUUCGCCUGUCCACACGAAAACGCCGGAUGGAAAUACGAUAGCAUAUCCUUUACGGAUAGUGCAUAAUGCCAGUAAAAUAUGAUGUAUGACAUCAUCGUAUUCGAAAACCUUCGUUUUUGUCGAUCCAUACGACUCAUACGAAAAUGAUAAGCCGGCGUUUUCAAGAAUCUCCUCUAAGGAGAGCAUUUUUGGAAAGGUGCGUUUUCAGUGACCGUUUUCACCAGAUACGUGUGGAGGGUAGGCUAAACCUGAAAAAAAUCUCCCUUUAAAAAAAAACCGAUACGUGUAGACGGGUCCUGAGAGGAUUCAUGACUAUCUCUAUUACAAUGAUUCAUGCAGGUUUUUAACAUAUACGCGACAAAUGGCACGGUGAUCUCAUAUCGACCCGGAGCACCUUCCCAAGUACAGGAGGUUUUCAACGGCAGUGUGAUUUCACAUCCGCAGGGGGCAGGAGGUGCCGCUGGAGCAAUAACUGGCACUGGUUUUGGUCAAGCAACAUCACAAGCCUUCGGUACUGCCACAGCAGAAGGCCAAGCAAGUGUUUCUGCAACUACCUCUCUUACGCUGAAUGCAGGGUACAAAUUCCUUUCUUUUAAUCUUCAACAUGGUCAUUGUUAUUUAGUUGGUGGCUGCGGUUAGAGAAAACGAUCAAAUCACUACCAUACCUAAGCAUUUUUUACUUGAACAAACAAUUACAUCAAAUAACAAAAACUUCAUUGCAAAUUAAUGUAAAAUACAAACCAAUAUGAGAAGCCAGGAGCCCAUAACCCAGAGCAAGCAACUCCCAUACUAAGCCCAUGUCACGGCGUUUUUACAGACCGCUUUAUUUUUAGACACAUUUUAGGGCAAUUUUUCCGGUGAAGAUGGAAUCUCCGCCACGUCUAUAAACGCAUUAGGAAAUAUAAGACAUCAAAAAUGAAAACCUAACGUCAUUAAAAGGCAAAAAUUAUCAUUUUUAGGUCUGUAGGUUUUGCUGACUGGUUUGUGGGACUUAAAAGAUAUUCUAAAUUGGCGCCAAAACCGUUCUAAAAAUAAACUGGUCCGUGAAAAUGCUGUGACACGAGUGCAUGGAAGUUGCUCGCUCCAGGUUAUGGGCUCCUGGAGGAGCCAAAUAUUUACAGUACUUAAAAACCUUCAAGCUGUAAAGCAAUUUCCGUCACAUCAGUUCCUCUGCGUUGUCAAAGGAACGAUGCCAGCCGCAAAAAGUAGCCACCGGGGUCAAUUUAAUAAAACGUUUACACUUGUUAUUUACAAGUGUGGCCAUGGUUCAAGAGUCUGAAAACAAUAGCUACUCUCCUAAACGUUUUAUUAAAUUGACCCGAGGUCAACAUCAGCAAUACCAUUGUAACUGUCAUUACUGACUUACUACGGGCGACAAGAGAAGCCCGCAAUCCUAAUCUCCAGGUUGUUAUUACGCAUAGGUGGCAUGUAUGUUUCCAGCAUUCGUUUGGAACUUCCACUAAAAAUGGAUGGAAUGCAAACGCAAUUUGAUCUCGCCCAUAAUUCGACUUUCUAUUCCUCUGUCAAGUGAAACGUAGCCAAAGCACAGCGUUGGAGCAAGACGAGCAAGUGAGCGUUGGACCUGCGAUCGUUGUUGCCCGCACUCCCUAACCUUUGGUUAUUACUAGUUAUAAGAUCUGACGCUGGUAUUUCAAUCGAUCAGUCAUAUUGAAGUUGCCUUUUUGAUUGUCACUUAGUGCCACCGCCGGCGUAUUACAAGGGGCCUUUGUAUACAAUGCAGCGAAACCCUACUACAUAUUCCCGAACACUUCUUCUGGCGUAUAUAUCAUAGCGACACAUAAAAAGUUUAUACAGCGUCACGGAUUCGCUCGAGUGCGUAAGUAUUCAAAAGCAAAUCAUCUUAUAGUCAAGUCGAAGUAUUUUGUGCCAACUACUGCGUAUCUUCUUUUUCAUCCCCUGAACCCUCCACAAAGUCAAGUUACGAAUUCCUGCACCAGUGGCGGAUCCAAGGGAGGGGCUCGGGGGGCCCGCUCCUCCCCACCCCUUUAUGUUUAGACCAAACUGAGGCUCCCCCCCCCCUUUUCUCAAGGUCUGGGUCCCGCACUGUGUACAGUUUAUAUUCCUUUACCCGAGUUUGUCCUUUUCAAUGAAUAUAUUAUUUGAAGGUUAACGGGUAUUUUUAGAAGGUAUAUUUUUUCCUUUUUUACCAUAGUUGUACACGGUGGUUUGUACGUGAUCUAUUCUUUAGACGCUCCUGCCUUUCAGAACCCAGGUGAAAAUCUUUGCUGGCGAAUCACUGAUGGAAAACUGGAGUUAGCACGUCGCUGUCAGGUAACUAUUAAGCCGAGUUCAAAAAAGGCCAUAUCCCAGUUGCAAAAACUUUCACUUUAAAUAGCGCGAGGCUACGUGCACAGGACCUGUUUGUCAGUGAAAAUGAGUUCUAUUUGCGUGAGAAUAGAAAAUCAUUUCGCACUUGGCCUCGCUUUGAAACAAGUCUGAGGCAUCUCAGAAGUGGCCUAUUGCUUUACUACGAACGUAACGGGCAAAUUUUGUUUCACAAAAAGAACUGAAUUGAAUAGCAACUACCUGAUGAUACAUUGGAACAACCUUUGUCAAUUCUGUUAAUUUUAUCAAUUCACAUGGUACCUUUGUUUUACUUUAUUAACAAAGCCAUUUAAUUGGAAUAUUCCAUUAUAAAAAUACUUAUUCCUUUCUUUCAAUUGUUUCUAGGUUUUUGUAGCCCAUAUUCCCGGAUUCGUGAAGCUUACCGAAGAAUAUCAAACCAUAUCGUUCGAGUCAAUGUGUUCCCCUGGUAACUAUAUUCGACAAAAGAACUACAGAUUUGUCUUGGGUAGAACGGGAAACGAAUUUUUCCGUAAGUUUGAAAUAAAAACAUCUCCAAGGGCUUUUAAGUUCCUGUUUUGGAAUUUAAACAGGUAAACCUGUAGCUUUGAAAGAAAAUUCAGGAAAGAAACAUUUUAUCAUCAUUUUUUGUUUUUCCCUUUUUUUAAAUUGUUCUCACUUUUGCUUCUUCUCCUCCCCUCCUUCUCCUUCCCCUCCUCCUCCCCCUCUCCCUCUUCCUUUCCCUUCCUCCUACUCCAUCUCCAGCUCCUCCUUCCUUCUCCUCCUCCUCCCCCAUGCCACCUCCAUCUCCAGCUCCUCCUUCCUUCUCCUCCUCCUCCCCCAUGCCACCUCCACCUCCAGCUCCUCCUCCUCCACCUUCAGCUCUUCCUUAUGUUUAUUGUACUUAUGUUUAUUGUUUACCUCCUUUCCUCCUUCUUUCCUCAUCAUUUGACUAUAUAUAUUGACCCUUCCAAUUUUUAUUCCUUUCUGGAAAUUCUGCCGAAAAACGCCCGAGUCUCUUUGCAACCCCAGUAAUUUGAUAAGACUGGGACAGCUUUCUCUAUUUUCUUGUGCAGCAUCAGCGCUUACGUGAGGACCGUGAUAGAAGCUAAUCGCAGAAAAUUAUUUGAAUGCAGCUUUACAUACAUUAUUGUCAUCAACAGUCCUAUUCAGGACUACCCUCACCCGGAUAAUCAUUUCCAUCUACUUAUUACAUGACUCCUGGGUUCAAACCAUUUACUACUCUACAUAAAUUAAUACACUGUACCUUAUUGAUUUUUAGAGAAGGAUGCCAGUGCAGUUUUUGAUCACGUAUUUUCGUUGCCUGAAGCAUUUCAAUUUAGCCUCUUGAGAAAAGGCUGGUACAUUUGCAGAAGCAGGGACAAAGAUUACCACCGAAUUCAAAUUGUGGCAGACUUCCACAUGUCUCCCCUCAUUUGGCUGAGACGUUGCUCAUUUGUCCUAAGACCCAUCACUGAAAAGGAGAACCCUCUAAUGAACUGUUUCAAUUUGCUGACUACAAAGCCCCCGGUGACCCUUACAAAGCCUGCUAAACCAACCACCCGGGCAACAACUAGCACAACUCCCCAUCAUCCUGAAGGUACAAUUGAAUAUUUUCAUAUCAUUCAUAUGUUUCAUAUCACUCGUAGUUUUUAUGUCAAUCAAGAGCCCAUAACUAGCAGCGAACAACUCCCAUACUAGGCGUAGGUCUGUCACGGCGUUUUCACGGACCCCCCUUAAUUUUUAGAUGCAUUUCAGAGCACCAUUUUUCGGGAAAAUGGAAGCUCCAGUGCUUCUAUAAGAAGACGUACAGAGGAAAGGAAAACUCAGCGUCAUUAAAAAGUGAAAAAUACCAUUAGAGGUCUACGGAUUCUACUUACUCGCUAAUUCUAAGUUGGCGCGGAAAUCGUGGAAUGGCCUACUUGCCCAAUAAGAUCAGGGCAAAUAACAACUUAGCCGCCUUCAAGGAGGGGCUUAAAAAAGUGAUAAACCAAAUGCAAUUUAGUGGGAGAUUUAGACCUUCAGAUAAGGGGGUGCCCGGUCAUCCAGACCCUGACAAAAGCGAAAGGCCCGGUCUCCAAAAAAAAAAUUUUUUGGCCCUUCGGGCCUCAGUUUGGUCUAAAAUUAAAGGAGGGAGGCCCGAGCCAGGCACUUCCCCUGGAUCCGCCACUGCAAUUAUUGUAAACUGAAACAUUGUAAAUAGUCAGAACUGUAGUUAGAAACCUGUAAAUAGUAAAAUGUAAAUGAUUUCAUGCAAAGUCGGCCGAGUAAAUAUUUUUAGUCUCUUUUCGUUACUACUAUUCAGUUUGAGUUAUAUUAUACACGGCCACGACACAUCAGCUACGCUGUUUAAAUGAAAGAUAAUCUUGUCGUUCUAAAAAUAAACUUGUCGGCAAAAACGCUCUGAAAUUUUUUUUUUUUUUGAAUGAUAAGAUUACUUCGUCCUGUAAUUAAACUGUAAUACAGUUAAAGGCAUAUCCAUUAACGUUUUCCCAGCUUAAAAUUUAUAAAGGAAUUCUAUAUCCGUUGUCAGACACGCACAAGAAGCCAAAGUUGACAGAUUAUAAAAACAUUUUCAGGCCUCAACAAUUAUCCAUUAGUUUUGGUCCUGCAAAGUCCAUAAGUUUAUAGUGGGGUACAAGUGUGUUUCUCUGAUUUCAAGUUCGAUCCUUUGAUACCUAGGCCCUUGUGUGCAUAUACGUUUUCACAACACUGCUGGUGUGCCCUUCGUGUUACAUUCCAGUCUUAAGCCGGAGGGAUAUUUGGUCACAGGACAGAUGUUAGAGCUUCGUUACGUAAUAAAAAACAAUCAAGUGCAAACGCAGGUCGCUAAUGACCAUUCUGAGCGACAAAUGCAGCUUCCGGUAAGACCACGCAUCAUUCUACCCACUAAGACGAUCUCUUAAACUUGGCUAAUCGAUCCAGAUAGAACUUCAGCUAUCAGUAGUAUCCGGAAUGUUCAGGCACGCUCUAAAGCAGGCUCCAAAGAAUUUACUAUUUUGUCUGGCACACGUGCUAAGAACCAAUUCUUGUACAGUGAUUGCGGCGUUUAUUUUCAUUUUCUCUGAGUAUACUCGUUGUGUGCGUUAGUGUUGUCAGCUUAUAUAGGCAAGUUAGAAUAUAAUGUUGUAGUUAAUUUUUUAUCUCAGGUCAGUUUUGUUUUUUUUUAUUUGUGUCAUGACGAUCAACUUCUUUGGCAUACAUUACAAUACCCAAAAACAAAAGAAAAACAAAAAUUACCAGAGGUAAAAAAUUAACUGCAACAUACAUACACAGUGAAAGCGCUAUUGGAAUAAAAUAUCUUUAUCUUUAAAUAUCUUUUAACUUUCUUUUAGAAUUUGGACGUUUUAGUAACUAGAUGCUGAUUUUUCCAAUGUUCAUAAGGUAGAUAGUAUUUUGAGAUACGAAACACUUGAGAAGUUUAGAGAGCACUCAAGUAUAGUCAGAAUAUAAUGGCCCAUCUCGGUGCCCAAGGAGAUUGAUGAAGUUGAGGUUGACGGAAUUUGUUCCAAAAAUAGCACAUUUCAUUAUUUCGAUGGAAUCACGUAGACCCAUCGCUUGCGGUCUCCUAUCCCGAUGAAGGCUCCAGGUAUGAACUGUAAACUCCUCUUAUGGUUUCCACUUCGCAGUUACUGAUUUUUUCCUAUUCACAAUUUUUUUUAGUAUGCGGAUGAAUUGCCAGGGGUACAACAGCUUGACUUUCACGAAGCUGUUUCUAAACCAUUUGGAAAACAGACAGUCGUUUUCUGGGCUACAGAUCCAGCAGGAAAGUACAACAUUCUCUUGGAUGGAAAAAAGAUGUUAUAUGCUAUUCCUGGUCUUCAUUGUGAUAACUUCAUCCAAGUUACCGUAACUUCCCACCCUAAAAUAAGUAUGUGUAGCCUCUUAGCCUCCCUAAAAUCACACGUUACCUUCACUAAAACAUUGAAUAGUAAAAUCGAAAAAUAUCCUGCUCGAGUUUAGUUCCAAACGGAAUCAAUGUUCAGUGAAGUCUGAUGUGGCAGGCAUCCUGCAAAUUAUGACAUAUCAACCUUUCAGACGACGACCCUUCUCUCCAAGAGCUGUUCCUUUAAUAUUUCGUCUGUUUUCAUGUUCUAGGUACUUCAACUGCAAAGCCCACGACGCAGAAAUUAGCAUCAACAGUUAAGCCAACUCCAACAUACCCACCUACUCCUCCUCCUCUUCCGCCUUCACCACUUCUUCCUCCACCUCCUCCACCUCCUCCUCUUCCUCCCCCUCCCCCUCCUCCUUCUCCCCCUCGCCCUUACCCUCCCCCUCCUCCUCGUGCUCUGCCCCGAGCUCACCCCUCUCCCCUUCCGCCCCCCCCUCCCCCUCCUCCACCUCCUCCCCCUCCCCCUCCUCCUCCCCCUCCCCCUCCUCCUUCUCCUGCCCCUCCUCAUGCCCCUACUCCACCACAUUUUCCCCGUCCUCCUCCUACUACAGUUUCUCCUCCCCAUCCUCCUCUACUUCCGUUUCCUUUUAUCCCUCCUCCUCCUCCUUUUCCUAUACCUAUUCCUCCCUCUUUUACUACGACACCAAGACCCGCUCAAAGUCUCCCACCCUCGUGCUUGCCACCAGGUACACCUCAUGAGCCCGGAGUCCCCACUGCGUGCCAGAUGCCUCCCCUACCUCCGAUCAAGACACCAAUACCGUCUGUUACCUUACCGACCAUGUCUCCGUUGCCGAACUUCCCUUUGCUAACAGGUGAAUACUCAGUCUACGCAGUGAUUUUUUGGGAAAAUCUAAAUCCGUCUUUCUGUAUUUAAAAACGGAUUUUGCUUUUUGGCACUUUCAAAAACAGAUCAUGAUCUAUAAAACCCACAAUCUCGUAUAAAUGAGGAUGCAAUUGCUUGGACCAUUUCUACGUAAUCGAUGUCCUCGUCCUCAUACUACGUAUACGUAUACGUAGCGAGCAGCGAGCAGCUUAUGCGGUGAGGUACAUCGCAUUAAUAUAUCAAAUAAGUGAAAUUAGAAACUGAAAAGAUAGGUUUUCGGUUGUCACUUAAAUGUGCUAACAGAUUUACAGUUACAUAGAUGUAAAGCAAGCGAGUUCCAUUACCUGGUGGACGCAGCAGAAAAAAGCAGUUCCAAAAGGAAAGGAAAAAGGAAUGAAAGGAAAGGAGGAAUAAAAAAAUCAAUCAUAUCCCGUGCCACUUUUCUGCCGUACCUAAUCUAUCAGAGAGGUUUCCCUUCUUAUCAGUGUCUCCGUGUUUAAACAGGCUAAUAAUAUGGAGUUUUAAAACAGCCAUAGAGCUCUAGGUCCCUGGGCGUAUCCCCUAUAAUGGACCAUGCGGGAAGGCUCUGCCCAAAAAGUUCGGUUUUGUAAAACAACUAAUUAUAAUGGAUUCAUAUUAUAGCUGUGAAAAAGUCAAGGAAACGUCGUGGUUGAGUGAUUUAUUCAUAAUAAAAAGAGGGUACAUUUGACGUCAGUCAAAAAAGGAUGCCGUGUUCUAGACUACGUAUGUGAAAGGGGUACCCUUUGGCAAAAGAAGGUACACUAAAGGGUAAGGGGUUUUCCUCGUUAGCGGGGCCUCUCUGGGCUCUAAGUACAGUAACUCGCGACUUUCUACUGUUAAUCCGUACCGGUACAUUACGUUUUACUUGCACGUUAUUGCUUAUUCUCUAUUCUGGUUCUAGGUUUUGCUGGUUGUAUGCUGACACAUGGAGGAACAUCACAAGGCGCCUGUUGUAUGUUUCCGUUCAUUUAUGAGGGAAUUCCACAACACCGCUGCACAAGAGCUAAGCGCUCCUACCGCUGGUGCUCGACCACUGCUAACUAUGACGCAGAUAAUGAGUGGGGAUUCUGCCCAACUUGUUUUUUGAGUUACGGUGGUAACUCCAAUGGUAAUUGUUGUCAUUUUCCUUUUAUAUACGGCCAGAAAAUUUACAUGACUUGUACAACUCAGGAUGACACCAGGCCUUGGUGCGCCACUACCUACAACUAUGAUGGCGAUAAACAAUGGGGUUACUGCGGAGGUGAGUAUGAGUAUUCCAAAAUAUUCUAUAACAAUUAUUUUUUGGUUUUUGAUUAUCGCUAGCACGAACUAUUUGGACAGUCCCUCCACAAAUGCUAUAAAAUGUUUUGUCCCAGGCAUAGAUUAUGAUGAGACAUGACACAGAUUUUUUGAGGUGAAGUGGAAACCUUUGCAGCAAGCAGUUUAUGUCUGAUUUGGACCCUGUUGGGGAACAUUUACCUCAAUUGUCAAAUAUUUUGUCUUAUUUUUAGACGAAAAAAUUAAAUUUGUACGAGCGAGGUACGAAAAUUUGCGUUUAAAUUCUAGUUUUCCUUAAUUAUUAAAAAGUGAGUCAACCAAGUAAGUCAAAUAUGUUAAAUACAAUCACUUCUCAAGAUUGAGAAAAAGCUAUAUUUUCAUUCACAACAUAGGUGACGCCCCUGGCUCCAUUCCUCAGCCAAAAAUUGUCUUUCCACCAUGCACUUCUGACUGCGAUAGUAAAUGUGUUGACCACUGCCCAGACUACUGUUGCGUUAAGGGACUAGAGAGCAAGGAAAAUAGACUGACACAGCAAGUCAAAGAGGACCGUCCCGUUACAGACCCUCCUACCAGAGGUUUUAAUCCACAUCAAGCGCCACUGUACUGUCCAGACACCUGCUCACGUAUUUGUUCCAUCUCUUGUCCAGAUGAAUGUUGUGAUAAGGACCCCAAAGACUGGACUGAGACGACUUCACGUUAUACAAACACUAAGCCGUGCCCGGCUCAUAGUUGUAAUUCUAGAGGAUGCUCUUCCAGUUGUCCGUCACAUUGCUGCCAAGCAGAUAAAGCCUCUGAGGCAGGGCAACUUGAAAUUUUUGAACCAUCUUCAUCACAGACCGCCAGCCAUCGUUCAGGACUGUCUUGUCCUGCUUUGUGUUCUAAAUCCUGCUUGGAGGGGUGUCCUGAACAUUGUUGUCACAAAACGAACCAGAAACAAACAAAGAAGGUUCAGCAUGGGAAAAAUUUUUUUUAUGGUAAUUCAGUGUUGAGGAAAAAAAAGUCUGAUUAAUAGAUUUAAUUUUAAAAUACUUUAUUUUUUCCUGCGUUAAAGGCAGUGUCUGUAUCAUAACAGUACAAUUAUGUGCAAAUUUAUAAUUUUCACAAAAUCUUCUCUUGUCAUGUGUUCCCAAAACACUCGACAGUAAGAUGGUUUUACCCCUCUAGUCUAUAUUGUGAUCAAAGCCCUCGUUUCAACCGAAGCUUAUUUUUUCCAUGUGCUACAAUAAAUAUUAUAUCAAUUUUACUGUCUUUCUAAGAACGGAAUGAUCUUCCUCGUAUUAUUUUAAUGUUUUUUUUACUCCAAACAGAACACGAAAGUUAAUUUUCAGUCCACUUAGGGAUAAGAACUUGUCAUUUUGUUUAAAAAAGCCUGCCAUAACAGACAAGCUACUCUAAUAUUUUUGUCCUAUAAAGAAAUUUAUGCAGUCUCAGCGGCAUGGGCUCCUGGCAGUGUGUCAGUGACAAUGAGUUUUUCGCCUCCUGUCAAGUUUUAGGUUGUAAAGAUAGUGUUCCUACAACUGGUGGAAAUGCCGAUGGAGCUUGCUGUACAUUCCCCUACAUUUACAAGGGUGUGGCCCACUGGACAUGCACAAAUAAAAAUGCUUCAAAGGAAUGGUGCUCUGUGACUGAAGUCUUUGAAAUCGACGGAAAGUGGGGAUACUGCGCUCCAUAA